CCGCCAUUUUGUGAGGGGAAGCGGCGGCCCCUGCCCGUUAACGGCGCUGCGGGGCGGGUGCCGGGGCGUGGGCUCCGGCCGCUCUUCCUUCGUCUCCGCGCUUUCUCCUCCUUUCACGCCGUUCUCCGUUUUCCCUCCCCCUUCCCUCCCUCCGCUUUUGUUAUCCCUCCCCUCACCUCACCUCCUCCCCUCCCUCCCUCCUCUCCCCGCCCCGCCGGCACUGCGGAGCCGGAGACGUGACCCGUGCGCACCCAGCUGCGGCCUUUUCCCCGCUGCUCCAGCCUCUCGCCGCAGAGUCGCAUGUCAUCUAUCCAGAACCUCCAAUCCUUCGACCCCUUUGCUGAUGCAACAAAGGGUGACGACUUACUCCCGGCGGGGACUGAGGAUUACAUUCAUAUAAGGAUUCAGCAACGGAACGGAAGAAAGACACUGACCACCGUUCAGGGGAUUGCAGAUGAUUAUGACAAGAAGAAACUUGUGAAAGCUUUCAAAAAGAAAUUUGCUUGUAAUGGUACUGUGAUUGAACAUCCUGAAUACGGUGAAGUUAUCCAGCUUCAAGGUGACCAGAGGAAGAACAUUUGCCAAUUCCUUUUGGAGAUUGGCAUUGUCAAGGAAGAACAACUGAAAGUUCAUGGUUUCUAAAAUACCUGUACUCUCAUGAAGAACCCUGCUUAUUUGGUCUUACCUAGCCUGGCUUUUCUCUGAAAAUGAAUCUUUGCAGUGAAUGGACUUCCCUGUUACCUGGACGUUUAAAAUUUGAUUCAGAUUUGCAUGACUGCGUGAAACAUGUGGUGUGUAGACUAGAAACACAUAAGAAAACUUCAGUAAGGUGGUAGUGAAGACCCAUGAGAACUUUAACACAUUUCCAAUGGAAAUGUUUUAGUGAUGAUUGUUCAGUUUAGUACUCUCCACCUGACUUAAAAUGUGUGGGUUGUAUUAAAAUAGUGUGUCUUGAUGCUUAAAAAUAAAAGUUUAUUCAUAUAUUUUCUGGGAUAUCUGAAAUGCUUUAGCUGAAGUUUUAAGCUGGCACAGCAGCCUUACUAAAGAAUGGCUGAACUGUUUUGUGGCAAGUGUAGCUCAGGGCUGAUUGAAUAAAUGGGAAAAUCUACCUGAUGAAGUAUUAGCUAAUUAAUCAGUAGAUUCCCUAGAUGUGAUCUUCCCCUGUAGCUGUAAGACUGAAGCUUUAAAGUCUUUAGUGUAGGUGUAUCUUAGUAGCAGCAUGAUAAGACGUAAAUUGUUUGCUGAGUAAGUAACUGGAUCUUCUCUAAAUUUUACUGCAGUGACUAUGAUGUAUUAGUGUUAAGCAUAGUAGGCUAAAAUAAGCUGAACUCCUUAAGGCUGCUAUUACUGGGAACAUGCUAAACAUUUAGGUCUUACAUAGCACUCCCAGAAAAUCCCAUGUACUUCUUUCAAAUGUUUUAUCUCCUAUGUCACUGAGUGAAGGAAAGACAUUGAGUUGGCUUCUGCCAUGACUGUGCAUUUAAUACUGGCAAGCAGAGUGCUUUAAUUAGCUGCAGAAGGAAGGAAGGUAACAGGCUCCACAAUAACCUUUGUUAUUCCUGGUAUGAAGUUUGCUGUGAUUAAUGGUUAAUAUGGAGGGUUUUGUCACGGGGUUUGGGUGUUACUAUAGAAAGCCGGGUGAGUUUACUUUUCUCACAGGCAAUGCAUUCAGUGUUAUCUGAAGUUAAAACAGGUUUGUUCCAUCACGAUUUUCAUCUAGUUCCAGUUAGCUGUCAGCAUUUGGUAUUCUGCUUUUAAGACAUGUCUCUUUACAGAAUGAAAUGCCUUCAUUUGGUGAAACAUGCAGAUCUUGCCUUACUUGUCAGAUAGACUUGGAAAUUUUCUCUGAAGCAAUUCAAAACACACUGGUCUAGGAAACCAUAACAAUAGUGGGAAAUGUUAAAAAACCUUCUUGUAAUAUCACCCAUUCUCUGGAAAGGAAGAAAGAGACAUUACUGCUAAGACUUAUUCAUAACUUAGAAUUGAUGACUACCUAAGUAAACAUCAAGACUAGGUUAAACUAUAUUACUUAGUAUCACCUGUGCCUAUAUUUAGUUUCCUGUUCAUAACUGCCUUUUUAAAUAGAAAUGCUUAAUUUUAACUCACACGAACCUUUGGCUUCUGUUGUUAGAUUUCUGAAUUCAGAUAUGAACCUUUAUGGCACUAGAAACAAUUUAGGAAGCAUUAUAGAGCAUUCAUAUGACAAUUUCUUUCUCUGUCUGGCCUAGACAAUUCCAGCUGUAAGAAUCCAGUGUCCAGUCUCUCAAUCUCCACAAAUUCUGCCUGGUGUUACAGAUCUUAACUGUUCCAGAGAAAGGAUGUUUCAGAAGAUGGUAUAUUGUUAAGGUAUAAUGUGUUCAAGAGGAGGAGGGAAUGCCUACAGGAAAACAUGAAACACCAGCACACAGAACGAAAAUCCCAAACAUAAGUGUUGCGCAAGUCUUGCACAUUAGCAGAAUAAAAUCAUUGCAAGUUUACUUAGUCCCGAUUCCUAAAUGUUAAAGGAAUUAAUUCUUUGGGCGUACGUAGCACGUGGUGAUUUUCAUUUUAUCAAAUGCCAGAAAAACUGACAUUCCCAUUUAAAGCUUGUCCUCAAGCCCAAAAGGAAAACCAAGCAGUAUCUUCUCCUGUUUCACUGGUAUUACAUUAGCACUUCUAGUGGGUUUUGAAUUGGAAAUUAACGAAUGAUUAGCAAGUGUCAUGUGUUACUGAGUCAGUCUUCAUUUCAGAUGGCAUUCCAGUAAGUUUUGCUACCUAAGCUUGAGUCAUUUCUCCAUAGUCAUUCUGCUUGGAAUAAGUAAGAAAAACCGUUUUCUUCCUCCUCAUUUAAGUCCUUUCCGAUAGGAGGAACUUUGGAGUUGAUAGCUGGCUUGAGUUUUAUGCUCUAGUGUUUUGACCUAUGAGAGACAAAAUUGAAAGGAGAAGGAAUAAGUAACACGUUAGAAGUUUAAAUAGAUGAGAUUUGUCAUGACAACAAACAGUCUUUUAGAAGGAAAGCAGAAAUUUUUGUCCUUGUAUUUUAGACCGGAACAGUGUCUCUGUGAGAUUGUAACCAGCCUUGUUAUAAGCCCAAGCCUCUUUGCAUGUCCUAGAGGAAAGGCUUCAGUAAUUUCAUGUUUUAUCUUACGCUGAAACUUCUUUGUCAAAGCUCAGCUGAUUUGGAAUAUAUAUCCCUGUUUCAAGAAAGCUGAAAAACAUGGAAGACACUGGGAAAGAAAUGUUUCAAUUACUUCCAUGAAAACCUGUUUUCACACUGAAGGCAGGUUUCAAUCUUUCCAGCUAUUCAAAAAUACGUUAAAAAAUGGUAAAGGAUGUGGCCCAUGAUUGUCGAGGCAGUAAAAGGGAGCUAAUAAUAGAAAACAUUUUAAAUGUUUUUAAACCCACUAAAAGGACUCGAGACUGGGGAAGCUGAGACUGCAAAGAGUGAUGGCUUCUUUUUGUGGGAAUAUUGUGAAGUCUGCGUUCUACAGAUCUCCAAAUCAAGAUUGCCUUCUCAGUGCUAUCUAGGCUUAACCACAAGCUGCACCGUGAUGUAGGAACUGCUGUUCCAAAUUCACAGCCUUGUUAUGUAUAGCUAUAUUAGGCUGUCGUAGCUGCCUCUUCUAGCUGAUACACUUUGAGUAAGGGAUUGCAUAAAUUCAUGGAAUUGUCUGUUCAGAGCCUGCAUCUACUUAAUGCAGCUACGAACAGUGAAACCAUUGCUUCUCAAAUGGUGGUAGCAGUGCUUAUUUGUAGAAGAUUCAGUAAUUUGGAUCUGUAAGAUGCCUACUUUCUCUUCUGCGAAUUAUCAGACCCUUCAUCUCUACCUGUGGUCUGCUAAAUGUGGUCAUGUGUUUGAGAUGAGCAUGAAGAGCACAACUGUGGGCAGAUGAGCAAUAAUUAUCUCAAGUGAAAGAAUCUCUGAAUAGUGCCUGGAUUGUGUGUGUGUGUACUACUCAUUGGUGCAGGAAGUAGGUUUAAGCAAAGCCACUGAACCAGAGUCUUGCACAGCCUAAAUGAAAAGCAUUUUAUUCUGGAGAACUUUGGAGAGGGAGGAGGCAACCCCACAAAAAAACACCUUAAGAAAUGAGUUUGUAUCUUAAAGUCUGUUUUUAUUAACUUAGAUUCUGAACUGCAAGACCUCUAUAACAUUGUUAUUUCUGUAUCUUUAAAAAUCCUAAUUAAACUUGAGAGUUUGGCAUUUAUGAUUCUAAAUACAUCUAAAGCCAUUAUAAAAAUUGUGAAGCGUUGUUGAAGCUUAAGUUUUAAAUAUUUGAACAAAGCAAUAAUUAAGUAAAGCUCUGCAUUUUGCCCUGUACUUCUUAUGAUGGGGACAUGGUUGCCCUGAAGAUGCACCCUUAUUUACAGACUCGCCAGUAAGUGGAUAUCCUUGCUGUAGUAUGAUACCCUGUUUGUAGUUUUUGUGAGAUCUUAUCUAAUGUGCUGCACUGUUACAGGCGGUACUACUCUAAUUUUACAGUAUAGAACAGAUGUACUUUGAGUUCCAGUCAGCAAUUGUUUUUUCCUUAGUCUUCCUGGAAGGUUCUAGUGUAUAGGAUCCAUGUUACACCCUUGUUUAAAUAGGUUCAGUAGUUCCUCUUACUGCAUGAAAGUAUGUAAAAGAUGAGUAUUUAGCUAGUUAAAGAAUGGGGCCUUUUUAUCACUUAUUUUGGGACACAGUAGGGGUUACUGUCACUUUUGGUGUGUGCAGUGUUGAUUAUUGUCACAGGGUGUUGUGUAAGUUAGUGUGCCAUUGCCACUAAGGAAGUGGAAUUGGUCUUAGAGGUUCAGAUAUAUUAAGUACUAAGAAUCUGCCUUCCUCCUAAGACUCUCCAUACACCCAUACUCAGUUUAGUUAGGAACAUGUCCAUGCACGGCAACAUGAAGGUUAUUUUCCAGUUGCCAGAUAAAGCUUUUGAGAUGAAUAAGGGAAAAAUUACAUGGUAGUUUGAUAUUUGCUGUACAGAUGCUUCAUGCCUAUUCUUUUUGGUUUACCUUGCAAAAAAGAUAACCUCAGAAGAGGAUUUGUACUUGGCAUGCCUUUUUAAUGUUUGGUACAUGUCUGUGAUUGAUCUCUUGAUGAACAAGUCUUAACCUGUAUUGGAGUAUUGUUAGAGAGCUGAGACAAUGAAGUCUUUGGAAAUAAAAUGUAGCAGUGUUAUUUUAUGUAUGCUUUUCUAAAACAAA